AUGAAGCAUCAGCUUUCUUCACAGCACAUCUUGCGAUCUGGAAAGCCUAACCUAACCUAUGCUAUAUCAUCGAGGAAUAUAAUCAAACUAAAGAGGAUGUCCCGUAGUUUGACAACGGGGCUAAGCGUGGCCCAGUCGCGGGAAACCAGACUUCGGCGCACCAAGAUUGGUCCAAAGCUGGGUAAUUCGGGCUUGGCCAAUCCUAUGUUCACCCUAUCUUGGGCCACGGCUGAGAAAUCAAGUCUUAGCCAUCUCUUAAUUCAUCCAACUUUGGUCCAACGCUGGGAAUCUCAGCUCCGGCCAUGCUACGGCGACCCAGCUUUGACCCAGAAUUGGUUAACCAAGCCUGGACCAUUUUUUGGUGUUUUAGACUUGGCCCAAUACUGGGAAAUCGAGUCUUGCCCAUCUCUUAAUUCACCAAACUUUGGAAGAGAAGACUUAUCACCACCUAGCAGCCUGAACGGGUACAGUGCGGACAGCUGCGAUGCCAAGAAGAAAAAAGGGCCCACUCCGCGGCAGCAGGAGGAACUGUGUCUGGUUUGCGGCGACAGGGCAUCGGGGUACCACUAUAACGCGCUCACAUGUGAAGGUUGCAAAGGAUUCUUCCGACGGAGCAUCACGAAAAACGCAGUGUACCAGUGCAAGUACGGCAACAAUUGCGACAUUGACAUGUACAUGCGACGGAAGUGUCAGGAGUGUCGACUGAAGAAGUGCCUGACGGUGGGUAUGCGACCGGAAUGCGUAGUACCAGAAGUCCAGUGCGCGGUCAAGAGGAAAGAGAAAAAGGCGCUGAAGGAGAAGGACAAGCCGAACAGUACGACCAACGGAUCGCCACCCAGUGUUAUUAAGUCAGAACCAGAGUUGUCUGAUGGAGAAAAGUCAAACGGAGUCAAACCAAUCUCACCCGAGCAAGAGGAACUCAUCCAUCGACUAGUGUACUUCCAAAAUGAGUACGAACAUCCCUCAGAGGAAGAUGUAAAAAGGAUAUUGAACCAACCGAUGGAAGACGAAGACCAGCGUGAGGUCCGAUUUAGGCAUAUCACAGAAAUUACCAUUCUCACAGUCCAGCUAAUCGUAGAGUUCGCUAAACAGUUACCAGGAUUCGAUAAGCUUCUGCGAGAAGACCAGAUAGCUUUACUAAAAGCAUGUUCCAGUGAAGUAAUGAUGUUCAGGAUGGCCAGGAGAUACGACUAUCGAACCGAUUCCAUUCUGUUCUCAAAUAACCAGCCCUACUCCAGGGACAGUUACAAUCUCGCAGGAAUGGGAGAUACCAUCGAAGAUCUCUUGCAUUUUUGCAGGACGAUGUACUCGAUGAAAAUUGACAAUGCCGAAUACGCUUUAUUAACAGCCAUUGUCAUAUUUUCAGAACGACCAUCGUUAAUGGAGGGCUGGAAGGUGGAGAAGAUCCAGGAGAUCUACCUGGAGGCCUUGAGGGCGUACGUGGACAACCGGCGAAAGCCGCGCGCGCACGUCAUCUUCGCGAAACUCGUCUCGGUCCUGACCGAGCUGCGGACGCUCGGCAACCAGAACUCCGAAAUGUGUUUCUCGUUGAAGCUGAAAAACAAAAAGUUGCCGCCCUUCCUCGCCGAGAUAUGGGACGUGGACGUGAAGACAUAGUGGAGGGAAAGGAGGCACCGGACCGGGCGAAGUACCGGCGCGGGUGGUGUUCCGUCUGUUCGCUGCUGCGUGGCGUUCUGCGCGAGAAAGUACGGCGGGCACCACCACCAGUUGGCUGUGAAAUAUUGUAAAAUUAUACGUUUUUUUUUAAUAAUAAUAAUAAUACUAUAUUGACUAACUAAAGUUGGACGGCAUCUAGACGAAACGUUGUUGCAUUGAGCGUAUAUACAGAGUGGUCCGAACUGUAUUCCGGAAACUUUAUAAAAAUAAGUAAAAAUCUUCGUACAAAUGUAUGUCCUA